UCUCUCUCUCUCUGAGCCACAUUUUAACUCAACUGAACUGAGCACCACCCAUUGCUGUAUUGUUGUUGAGUUCCUCACUGCAUGUCUAAGAUGGCGGCCGCUUGUCCCAAUGCAUCGUUCUCUGCAUUGUCCUCUCCUUUCUCUUCUUCUUCUUCCUCCUCCUCUCCUGAAUCUCUCUUCCCCAAGCGCAUCCACCUGUUAGCUCUCCCUCUCUCACAUUUUCCCCACAAAUCCAUUCAUCCCCAUUACUUCCGGGUCUCUAGUUCCCUCUCUAAUCCUAACCCCACCCCCAAACCACCUUCUGUUUCCAUUUCCCCCCUCGCCGCCCCCACCCCCGCCAGCGCCUCUGAACUUUUUGUUCCGCGAUUUGCUCCCGACGAACCUAGAAAAGGAGCCGACAUACUCGUAGAAGCCCUUGAGAGGCAAGGUGUCACCAAUGUCUUCGCCUAUCCCGGCGGCGCGUCCAUGGAGAUCCAUCAGGCCCUCACGCGCUCCAACAUCAUCCGUAACGUCCUUCCUCGUCAUGAGCAGGGCGGCAUCUUCGCCGCCGAGGGCUACGCUCGAUCCUCUGGCCUUCCUGGUGUAUGCAUUGCGACCUCCGGUCCUGGCGCUACCAAUCUCGUCAGCGGCCUCGCCGACGCGCUGCUCGACAGCGUGCCCCUCGUUGCCAUCACCGGCCAGGUCCCGCGAAGAAUGAUCGGUACCGAUGCGUUCCAGGAGACUCCGAUUGUUGAGGUAACAAGAUCUAUCACAAAGCACAAUUAUCUCGUCAUGGAUGUAGAGGAUAUUCCUAGAAUUGUAAGUGAGGCUUUUGUCUUAGCAACUUCCGGGCGACCCGGCCCCGUUCUAAUUGAUAUUCCAAAGGAUGUACAACAGCAGCUUGCCGUUCCGAAUUGGGGCCAUCCAAUUAAGCUUACUGGUUACAGUUCCAGGUUACCCAAGCCUCCAGAUGAGAUCCAUCUGCAACAAAUUGUGAGGUUGAUAAUGGACUCGAAGAAACCAGUAUUGUAUGCUGGAGGUGGUUGUGUGAACUCAAGUGAGGAUUUAAGGCGUUUUGUUGAGCUCACUGGAAUUCCCGUUGCUAGUACUUUGAUGGGUUUAGGGGCAUAUCCUGUUAGUGAUGAAUAUUCCCUUCAGAUGCUUGGGAUGCAUGGUACUGUUUAUGCUAAUUAUGCUGUAGAUCAAAGUGACUUGUUGCUUGCAUUUGGAGUGAGGUUCGAUGAUCGUGUGACUGGAAAGCUCGAGGCGUUCGCUAGCCGAGCAAAAAUUGUGCAUAUUGACAUUGAUUCAGCUGAAAUAGGAAAGAAUAAGCUGCCUCAUGUAUCAAUUUGUGCAGAUAUAAAGGUGGCCUUGAAAAGGCUUAAUCAGAUGUUGGAAAGCAGGGAAGUUAGGGGUAAACUGGAUUUUCAAACUUGGAGAGAAGAGUUGAGUGAGCAGAAGAGCAAAUUCCCUUUGACUUACAAGACAUUCGAAGAAGGUAUAUCUCCACAGUAUGCUAUUCAGAUUCUUGAUGAACUAACUAGUGGAGAUGCCAUCAUAAGUACAGGAGUUGGACAGCACCAGAUGUGGGCUGCUCAGUUCUACAAGUACAAGAGACCCCGUCAGUGGUUGACAUCGGGAGGUCUCGGAGCCAUGGGAUUCGGGCUGCCUGCAGCCAUAGGUGCUGCUGUGGCAAACCCAGAUGCAGUUGUGGUUGACAUUGACGGUGAUGGUAGUUUUAUUAUGAAUGUGCAAGAGCUUGCAACUAUUAAAGUAGAGAAUCUCCCUGUGAAGAUAUUGUUGCUGAAUAAUCAGCAUUUAGGUAUGGUUGUUCAAUGGGAAGAUCGGUUCUACAAAUCGAACAGAGCUCAUACAUAUCUGGGAGAUCCAUCUAGGGAGACUGAGAUUUUCCCAAAUAUGUUGAAGUUUGCAGAAGCCUGUGGGGUUCCAGCAGCUCGUGUGACGAAGAAGGAAGAGCUCAGGGAAGCAAUCCAGAAAAUGUUGGACACUCCAGGACCUUACCUUCUUGAUGUGAUUGUGCCUCAUCAAGAACAUGUGUUGCCAAUGAUUCCCAGUAAUGGAACCUUCAAGGAUGUGAUAACAGAAGGAGAUGGCAGAACGAGUCAGUGAUUCCCACGGCAAUCUAUAGCGUCUGAUCAUGGUUGUGUUGCAAGUAUGUUAUGCCACCAUGGUUCUAAGUUGUUGCUUUUAAUCUUUACUUAAAAGUAGAACUAGAAUCCUGUAGCUGCUCUGUCUCUCUGUCCUAAAUAUUGUAAUCCUUAUCUUUCCCACCCUCUAGUACUAAUAUAUUUUCUUGGCGAGCA